AUGUCUCAAACAAAGUUAUUGACUUUGAAUCUAUUUAUGAGGCCGCCUCUAGUUCAUAACAAAAAUUGAGAUUUUAAAAAUCAGCGCCUUUCUUACUUUAUCAGCAAGAUCAUAAAGAAAUACGAUAUCAUUUGUUUGCAAGAGACAUAUGCAGCUUAUACCUCACGUCAAAAGAAACUUUUGCAUGAAGCAGCCAAUCACAAUUUUUUGUAUCACGCAAUCAGCCCUCUUCCAAAAAUUUUUUCAACUCAUAUAGCCGACUGUGGGCUGGUAAUACUAAGCAAGCAUAAAAUCUUGGAAUCUACGUUUAGGCCUUUCAAUGACUCAGUUUAUCCAGAUAAAUUGGCCUAUAAGGGAGCUUUAUAUGCAAAAAUCUUAGUAUUUUCAUUUAUUAUGAAUUUAUUUCCACAUAUUGAUUAUAAAUUAUUUUUAGAUAUAAAUCAGGUAGUUUAUUUCCCUUUUUUAUAUAAAAUUUCUACUAAAUAUAGUAUAAAUUCUAAGCCUUUGCAUCUUUUUAACGUUCAUUUACAGUCAAAACACCCUACUAAAAGCAGCAAAAAAUAUCUUAUGUAUAGAUUGACUAGGAGAAAACAGCUAAUUGAUCUCCGAAAUUUUGUUGACGAAAAAAUAGGGCUAGCUGAAGAGCCUGGUUUUAUAUGUGGGGAUUUAAAUGUGGAUGGGAGAGAGGAGCUAAAGCCACCAGUAUUUAAAGAUAUUGAGUGUUUAGACGAUUAUGAACAUCUCAGCAAACUCCUUUUGCGAGGAAAAAAAGUUGCUAUGAAAGACUUGUUGAGGUGAAAAUAUGGAUUUUCUCCUGCAACAUUGGCUCUAGGAAUUUAUACUGUAUUUUUUAUUUAUUUAAGAUUUUAUUAGGCUAAAAAUUAUAAAAUCGGGCCUAUACAGUAUUAUUUUAUCCAAAAAAUUGAUAUUAAAAUUUGUAUAUAAUAUUAUUAAUUUUUUCGGACUGCCCAGCAACAUUUGGGAGAAUCAAUGAGAAAGGAGAAGCUUUAGAAAAAAUCCUUACAAUGAAUCACGAAAUUUGUGCUGAUGAAGCUCUUGAUUAUAUUUUGCUAGCAAAUGAAGAUAGGACUGUAAGAUAAAAGUAGGACCUGAAAAUAAAUGUGGAAAACACAAAAGUUGAACCUUUGAGCACUGAGGGAGAAGUCUUUACGCAAAUAAGUGAUCAUGCAGGUGUAGAAACUUCUUUUUAUUAUUAG